UUACCAACAUUUGGUUUCGUGCUGAAUCUCUCCAAGGGCUACCCUUAAUUUCACCACGACUGUCAUCCACCGAAUGUCAGGUUAUGUUUUUGUUUACGCCACUCCGUUGAUCGCAGAAUAACAGGAUGACUGAUGAGGAUGUAAUCAAGCGGCGCCUUUUGAUCGAUGGCGACGGGACUGGCGAUGAUCGACGGUUGAACGUGCUUUUAAAAACUUUUAUAAAAUGGUGCAAUACAAACGACUCGCCGGAAAAUAACCAGAUAAUGUACGACCGCCUACUAGCUCAGCUUGCACAGUGCGAGUUUGCCGUCACCAAGUCAGACUUUGCCACGAAAAUGAUGAAACAAGAACUGAAAAACUACGAAACCAUCUCGGACACGAUUGAGGGCAGCAUUGAGGUUGCAAAGCGAGAAAUUGAGGCGAGCAAGGAGGACCUCAUACUGGCCAAGAAAAUCCGUAAGAAUCGCAUGGAGUACGACGCUCUGGCGAAAGUCAUUAAUGCUCAGCCGGAUCGGAAGAAGACCACGGAGCAGCUGGACAACCUCACGAAGGAGCUGAACGAGCUGGAAGAGAAGAAGGCUCAGUUGCAGAGGAAGCUGGAUACGAGGAAGAAUGACUUUUUGGUGCUGAUGCGGUCAAUAAAGGAAUUGCAAAGUAAUUUGGACGACAGCUCGUCGGAUGAGGAGGGAAACGAUGAGAAAAUGUCGAUGGAUGAUGACGACGAAAAGGUCUUUGAAAUAUAUGUUCCUACGAGUCCAGUGUAUGGAGGUGAAAUUAUAUGAUGUGAGGGUGUGUCGACAGCAGAUAGCGUCUAGAUUUAUAUGAAAGGAAUUGAAUUGAAACUGAAUAUAUCUUUAUCUCAAAUUUA